ACCUUAGUUCAGUUAUCAAGUGUAAUGUGUUAAUGUGUUACUAUAAUAGUAUAGUUUUUGUAGGACAAAUAUUUCGUUAUUUCGUUGAAGUUUAUUACGAUAUAAUGAUACGUGAAUAUUAUGUUUUUAAUUAUAUAAGAAUGGAGUUUUUAAUAUUGUUCAUUUUUAAUACUUUCACACUAGCGAUGUCUAAUCCCAUCAAAUUAAUUCCAGAACUAUGCAAAGCAGGUGAUUCAUUUAUUGUAAAUCAUCGAAAACCAACCAUUCAUGGUAUUCUCUCAGCAUUGGUGAAUACAAACAAACAAUGUUUGAGUAAUUAUUCGUUAUUAAAGGUCAAGAGAAAUGGUGGCAUUGUAGAUUUAGAAAUUUGUUAUGAUGAGUUAUCAUUGAAGACAAUUUACGUAAAAUUUGAAAUCGAUGGCAUUUCACUUACAAAGUUUGUAACAGUGAUUCAACCACCAGUUGCGACUCGAAAUAUCAAUUUGUAUCCGGAAAAUAUAGCGUGUUUUUAUACAAAAAAUCAUCAAACAGCUCUAUUUAAGUAUAUAUAUAACAACGGAGAUUUGAUUACUGAUUCAUCAUUUUUGACCGAAGGACAUUUAGCAAGCAAUGCCGAUUUUUCAGAAAACUUUAAGCAACUGGGAACGUUUUUUUAUGCUAACAUAACGCCUCAAUGGAAAUCCAUUAAUCAACAUGUGUGGGCACUUAUUGAAUCUGCCAUUAGAUCGUAUGCGAUGGAUAACGACAAGAAGCUGGAAGCGUACGCUGGCACGCACGGACAGGCGACGGUGGACGGACAGCCGCUGUUCCUGACGGGCGAUGGCCGUAUGCCGGUGGCCGCGUGGCUGUGGAAAGCCGCCGUCGACCCGUCCACCGGCGCCGGCAUCGCGUUCGUCUGCUCCAACGACCCGUUUGAAAGCGCGGCCAGCCCGCCAUGCGGCGACAUGGACGUUUGCGUGGACGGCCACUGGCACGCCGCCGUGGUGGCCGGCUGGUCGUUUUGCUGCACGUUGCAACAGCUCGUGGAAACGGUCCCGGGGGCGGCGGCGGCCAUUGUCGGCGGCGCCGGCGUCAAGUUGCUGAAGAGACUGUCGCCUGCAACGCCGCCGACGUCACCCGAGAGCGCGGCGACGGCAGACGACGACGACGACGACGACGACGACGACGAUUGACGGUUGCGAGAGAGUCGAGCGGAUCGGUCGGCCGACGGAAUGUCGGUAAAUAAUUAUAUACAUUAAUUUUUACGGCGGACACGUGGUCAUACUGGUUGUAACGGCUACUCUGCAAGUUUUCCGUGACGAUUUUUGUCUUUUGAAAGAAAAAUAUUUAACUAAGCAAUUUUUCCUGAAGCUGAUUUCGUGUAUUAUUAAUAUCAGAUGUUCAAUAAAUAUUUUUUUUUGUGUGUACCA